AUGAAGAUAAGGAAGGGGAAAAUCAAAACGAAUGAGAAGGACUACAAUUAUGGUGGAGAAUUCGAAAGCUACGUGUACUCCAAAGAAGUAAGCAAUGAUGUGAAAAGCUCGUUAAUCGAGGGAGAAAAACUCUCCAACAAAUUUCGAAACAGAGGAUUGACCAGGGACAAAAGGGCAACUGUGAAUACCGUGCUAGAUAAUAGAACGUUACUUAUUUUAAAAAAACUCAAAGAUAAUUUGCUAAACGAGAUAUAUGGAGUGGUCAGUUCGGGGAAGGAAGCCUACGUGUUCAAUUCGCAUAAGUACCUCAGUAAGGAGGAGCUCAGGGAAGUCAAGGAGUUGCUGCUCAGGCGCAGACAUAGGGGGCGCGACGAUCAGCAUAGCGACGGUCAACAUAGCGAUGAUCAGAAUAGCUAUGGUCAGGAUGGCAAUGGUCAGAAUAACGACGAUCAGAGUAGCGAUGAUCAGAAUAUAGAUGAUCAACAUAGUGACGAUGAACAGGACGCAGGUCUCCCUGACGGGGGCGAUGCGCACGAGAGCCUGUGCAAGGUGUACCACCUGAGCAGGCACUUCGAUAAAGUGGGGGCAGAAAAAAGGGAAGAAUGGGAAGAAGCACAGGGGGUGAUGAAUGCGGAGGAGGAAAGCAGUCCGAAUCUGCGGGGCGUGCUGGACGAGACCUAUGACAUAAUUGACAAAAUGAACGAAAUGACCACCGAGGUGGAUAACCACAACUGGGACCCUUUCCAAAACAAGAAGGUAGCCAUAUCUUUUGCAACGAAGGUUUACAACACAUCGGUGUUGGUGUUUAAGAAGAGGUCCCAAUACAUCGAAGGAGAGUUCCGAUUCAGAAAUGCCUACACCAAAAAUACCAACCCAAGGAAAAUGGUCAAGCAGUGGUCAGAAAAAGAGUUCCGAAAUUUAAGACGAAUAUUAAUAUGUGGAUUGAGAUGUCCCUAUCCUUUGGUCUUAAAAAGUAACGUCAUUGUGAUGAGUAUGUUAGGUACUUUAGACACUGCUUGCCCUAAAAUGAAGGACCUAAAUUUGAGCCCCUUAAAAUGGAAGGAGCUAUACAUUGAAUGUAUAUGCAUUUUGAGACAACUUUUUUGUAGCUGUAAACUUGUCCACGCAGAUUUUUCAGAAUAUAAUUUGCUUUACUUUUAUAACCAUAUUUACAUCAUUGAUGUGUCUCAGUCCAUGGAGCACGACCACCCCUACUCCCUGGAGUUCCUAAAGAGAGAUUGCGUGAACAUCACCAAUUUUUUUAAGAAGAAAAUCGGCACCCUUCAAAAUGAUAUGCAGGAGAGUGUUGGUCAGCUAAACGGGAUGUUGCACGGAGCCAAGAUUGACCAGGAAGUCUCUUUAAAGAGUCGCUGCGGGGGGAAGGGUGACGACGCUUUGGACAUCACGAAUGGCGUGAAUUAUACCAACUGUGAGAAUGGCCCCCCACAAAACAAUGGGGAUAACCCAAGGGACAGCAAGUCGAGCGAAGGCUUCUACAGCCACGUGCAGAUUCUCCCACUCAAAAAACUGUUCGAUUACAUCGUUUCGUCAAGCCUACCCCAAGACGUUACCUACUUCCUAGAAAGGGACAAAAAGGAAAUACACAUGGACCCGUCCGAAAUAACCUACCUUCAAAUUUUUGGCCUAAUAAAAAACACCACCCCAAUACCUAAGCUGAAUUUAAGGAAUAUAAAAAAAAAUAGAACAUACUUUGAAAAACUAAAAAGAGCCACAGGUUAUUAUGUAACAAAAUUCUUUGCAAAGAAUCAAUCCCACAUAAAAAAACAUGCAGAUAGAAGCCAAGUAGAAGAACAGAUUUUCCUAAGUUCGUGGAUCCCAUCACAUUUGAACGAAAUAAGAGAUAUUAAAACAAUUGAAAAGGAUCUGAAGCUUUUGAAAAAAGGAAAAUCCAUGGUCAGCAAUUUUAUUUCGAAUAAUCAUCACACAGAGCGUUCUAAGCAUGCCCCAAAAAAUAACACCUUCGUGGAGCAUAACGGUUUAGAAGGAGAGAAUCAUUCUGAUGCAGCCACUGGGGGAAAAAAUCUUAGAACAAACGGUGAUUGCACAGUACAUGCGGUGAAGGAAGAAAUGGCUGAAAGUUUUACCAGGACGUGUGCACAGAAGGAAGAUUCAAAUGAUGAGGACAACGGGGGAGACCCUUACGAACAGGGUAAGGAGACCCAUAAAAACGGUGAACGCGAAUUGUUCGAUGAGUUAAGCGAGAAAGGGUCUCCCAAAUCGAUUGAAAAAGUGGCAUCUUCGAAGAAUUUACCCGAUGAACACAAAUCAGACGCAGCCAAUGACGAAAACAAUUUUUUGAACAGCGAACAGGAGGAGGAAGUCAAGUUUAAGGGAAUAAUUCCCGAGGGGGUAACGAGAAAGGAGUGGAGCAAAUUAGUGAAAGAACAAAACAGAGAGAAAAGAAAGCACAAAAUUCCAAAGUACCAGAAAAAAAAGAAGAAAAAAAAAGCCCACUUGAAAAAAAAAUGA